AUGGCCAGAUCAGAAGACCCUGAGCCUAUGGCGAUAGUCGGGAUGGGUUGCCGCUGGGCUGGAGGCGUCCGUAAUCCUACGGACCUGUGGGAACUUUUGCUAAACAAACGCUCUGGCUACCAGGAUUGGGCGGCGCCACGCUUUUCGGCAGAGGGCUUUUAUCAUCCGAACCCAGAGAGACCAGGCACCACGGCAGCAAAGGGAGGCUACGUGGUGACUGAAGAUCCACGACUAUUCGAUCCAUCUUUCUUCGGGAUCUCAGGUCUCGAAGCAGAGACUAUCGACCCCUCUCAACGUAAGCUACUGGAAGUGGUGUACGAGGCAUUAGAGAGCGCAGGCGAGACGUGGGAAAGUGUUAAUGGGACACGCAUGGGUGUCUAUGUCGCCGAUAUAUCCUACGACAACUCGUAUGCGCAGACACGUGACUGGGAGUAUGCCAGGCCACAUGCUACCACAGGGGUGUGUCACAACAUCCUCAGCAACCGCAUCAACUACGUGUUCAACUUGCGCGGGCCAAGCGUUACACUGGACAGUGCCUGCACAUCUGCCAUGUACGGACUCCAUAUGGCGAUCCAGGCGAUCCGGGAUGGAGACUGCGACUCGGCGAUUGUGGCGACAGCGAACUACAUCAUGGAUCCAAGCAUGCAGAUCGCCAUGGACAAGUUGGGAGCCCUGUCUGGUACAUCCAUGAGCCAUGCGUUUGAUGCCGCAGCUGAUGGCUACGCCCGUGGCGAGGGCUUUGCAGCUAUUUACGUGAAGAAGCCGCAACAGGCCAUGCAGGACGGAAAUCCGAUUCGUGCACUCGUUCGCGGCAGCGCUAUUGGCGCCAACGGUCGCUCCAGCGGGAUAACGCACCCAAGUGGGACUGCUCAAGAGGACAUCAUCCGGAAGGCGUACCACAAUGCCGGUAACUUGUCUCCUUCCGAAACGCCGUUUCUCGAGUGCCACGGGACGGGCACACGGGUCGGCGAUCCACUCGAGGUAGAGGCUGCUGGUAAGGUUUUCGGGCCAGGACGAUCCAGCUCAGAGGAGGAUCGUUUGUUCAUCGGAUCCGUCAAGACCAAUCUUGGACAUACUGAAGGUGCUGCAGCUCUUGCGGGUAUUUUCAAAGUCGUACUCGCCCUUGAAGCAGGAGUGAUUCCGCCUAGCAUCGGCGUGACGACGUUGAACCCCAGGAUCGAUUUUGACAAGGCCAAAGCCAGGGUCGUUACCGAAGUCAUGCCAUGGCCAGAAGACAAGCUGCGACGCGCCAGUGUUACAUCUGCUGGAUUUGGCGGCUCUAUCGGGCACUGCAUUCUCGACCAUGUGGAAGUCGUGUAUCCGGACUAUGUCAAGCCCGGUAUCGUCAACAGAACCAGUCCAGUCAACGGACAUACGAACGGUCAUACGAACGGACAUGGCCAUGCGAACGGCUCGACUCAUAGCCAUGGGAAUGGCUUGGCGGUAUCUCAGCCCUCUACACCUCAACCUCCUACGAAAACAAAACGAGCAGAUGUCAACACACGUGAAUUGGUGCUGUUACCUUUUGCUGCGCACAGCGACACUUCUCUCAAGGCCAACAUAGACGCACUCGCUCAAGUCAUCAAGAAACAUUCACUGGCCGACGUGGCAUACACACUCGCGGCACGACGUUCCAAACUUGCACAGCGGACUUUCCGUAUAGUUAGCAAACACGAAGUUGCGCAGGGACUGAUGGAGAAUGUGGAAAAGACCUUCUCAAGUCCACCCGAUGAGUCGCGCCUGGCUUUCGUCUUCACCGGGCAGGGCGCGCAGUGGCAUGCCAUGGGCGCCCAACUCUUCGACUACAAUGUCUUCCGCACGUCAAUCGAUUACCUGGACCGCGUACUCAAAUCUCUACCUGGAGCGCCGUCGUGGAAUAUCGCAGAGAUACUCUCUGGGAACUGCGAACCGGACCGCGUGCAGAUGCCGGAUGUCUCGCAGACAGUCUGCACAGCGAUACAGAUUGGUCUCGUUGACCUCCUUGCCUCAUGGUCUGUCCGCCCUGCAGGUGUCGUGGGACACUCCUCUGGUGAGAUGGCAGCUGCUUAUGCGGCCGGUCGCAUUACUGCCGCCGAAGCGAUUGCUGCGAGUUUCUUCCGCGGGCAAGCCGUGGCCCAGAAUAAUAAGAAGGGCGCCAUGCUGGCUGUCAGUCUCGAUCGUGAGCAGGCCAGUGAUUACCUUGAGGGGCUCGAGCAGUACGUCAAGAUUGCAGCUGUCAACUCGCCCGGCAGCCUGACGCUCUCUGGAGACGAGGAGGCUGUCAAGCGGCUGGCUACGACUCUCACGCACGAGGGUGUCUUCAACCGACUUCUGAAGACGGGCGGAAACGCAUAUCAUUCACAUCACAUGAUUGCGCUUGGCCAUGCGUAUGAGACACUGCUCACCGAUGGCAUGGCGUACCUCGAGAAGUCCGGGCUGAAAGACCAGCGCCCAAAGUACCCUCAUAUCCCUUGGUCUUCGUCAGUCACUCCUUGGAAGAGUCUUGCAGGAGCGAACCUUCCGGUCUCAUACUGGAGAGCCAAUCUUGAGUCACCCGUCCAAUUCUUAGACGCAGUCGUCAAUCUGGUAGGCCAGGAAGAAAUCGAUAUCAAGGCGUUCGUGGAAAUCGGACCGCACCCAGCGCUAAGAAGCCCGCUUGACCAGAUUCUAAAGAGCAUCGGCAAGCCACUUCCAUAUGCGUACGCGUUGAAGCGAGGAGAAGACAAUGCAAGAUCUUUGCUACAGCUCGCCGGGUCACUAUUUGGUCUCAACGCGAAGAUCGACUUGGCUGCCAUAAACGCGGUAGAUGCAGGUGCUGGGGCGCUAGAACACGGCACUACCGCUAUUGAUCUUCCGCCAUAUCAGUUCACCUACGGACCUGUCGCUUACUAUGAGAGCCGGGCUAGCAAGGAAUAUCGUCUUCGUACCAUCCCCAGGCAUGACCUUAUCGGAUCAAGAGUAGCUGGCAACGCGAAACUUCGACCGCAAUACCGUAACGUGCUACGUUUGAAAGACCUCCCCUGGUUGAGUGAUCAUCGUCUGCUGCCCAAUGUUGUAUUCCCGGCUGCUGGAUACAUGUGUAUGGCAAUGGUGGCGGCAACGCAGCUCUACCAGGGAACCGAGGACGCACAGCCAAUUCUAGGGCACUCACUUCGCAACGUCAAUAUCAAGUCAGCACUGAACAUCCCCGAGGAUCAGUAUGGUAUCGAAAUCAUGCUCAGCCUGGUGCUUGACGACAAAGCUACUGCACAAGGGCCGGCUUGGGUCAGUUUCUCAGUCAGCUCCGUCACACGUGAAACGGAGCAAUGGACGGAACACUGCACCGGAAUGGUCAAGGUGGACAUUUCUGAGCACUCGCAAGUUGGAAAGAUGAAAGUAGCGUCCGAAUCUCGAGCGGUGAAUGCGCGCAGCUGGUACAAGAAGUUCGCUGCGAUAGGUCUUGGCUACGGCCCUGCGUUCCAAGCCUUGUCUGAGAUACGCGCCGACCCAAUCAAGAAUCAUGCCGCUGCCAGACUCAAUCUACAGACUACGGCGGGCAUGAUUAGAGGUGGAGAAUCUGAAUAUGUUAUCCAUCCCACCUCAUUAGACGCCAUGAUCCAACUUGGCCUCCUCGCAUCCCAUGGAGGCCAAACGGAUAAAACGACGACAGCAUUCGUUCCCAUUCACUUAUCUGAGCUGCGUGUCAAGAGUAAUAUUGACCAAGCAUCGGGUACAGCGGUCGCAUACGGCGAGUUCAAGGGCCUCCGAUCUGCGUACCUCCAGCUACAGCUUCAGGAUGAGGCAGGCGAUGUUCUUGUGGACAUUGAGGACCUCCGUUGCGUUAGUUACAGCUUAGAGGCAACGCCUUCAGACAAGACCGGAGCCAGGGGAUUUUCAAGCCCGUUCACACGAAUGGUGUACAAGCCAGACUUCGGAAGUCUCAGUAAUGAGCAGGCUCGUUUACUAUUCCCAACACCGUCGGAGAAUGUCGCUCAAGGACCAGUGCUUGCUCAGCUCGAUAGUGUAGCGUCGCUCAUCGCCAUCGACGUGACUGAGACGCUGUUGAAUGACACUGACUCGAUGGAAAUCGAUGAACUGAGAACAACGGAUCGCUAUAUCGCAAAGCUUCGACAAUUGGCCAAGAGAGGCCAAGCUGAGCAGUCAACAGAAUUCUCAGCGGAGGGUCGCAAGCAGCUUCUGCAAGAGGCAUACGAAGAGUACGGUCAUCUUGUCGAAGUCGGGUGUAUGCAGCGGCUUCACGGACACAUGGCGGACAUCGUGGAUAGGCGCAGAAGUGGCGAAGCGGUCCUGGCUGAAGGCGGGCUGCUGACUGACUUUUUUGAGAAGAGUCUGUUCGUAACGGGGGUUCACACUCACUUAUCUACUAUUUUCGACUCAAUGGCUCAUGCCAAUCCGAGCCUUCGGAUCUUGGAACUCAAGGGCGGGAAGGGUCAGACGGCGCGCUUAGUGCUCGAGACGCUCAACAGUGGGAACAGCAUCAAGCGAUACCGCGACUACACAGUGACGGAUACGAGCGAGACUGCGCUGCAGGCGGCGCGGUCGCAACUCAGCGAUUACGGCGAUGUGCACUUCUCGGUGCUGGACAUGGAACAAGACACGCUGCCAGCGGGCUUCGGGGCGGCGUACGAUGUGGUGUUUGCGUCGCAGGCCGUGCACACGGCUGCAUCGGUCGCAAAAGCGUUGCAGACGGCGCGCAAGCUACUCAAGACUGGCGGAAAAUUGGUGCUGGCCGAAGUGACGGGUAGCAGUGCGUGGGUUGACAUGGUCGGCGGUGCACAAGAAGGAUACUGGCACGGCGUGAACGACGGACGCAUGCAGCGGCCUUUUCUCGAUGUGGCCGGCUGGGACGCGACGCUGCGUUCGGUCGGGUUUACAGGAGCCGAUAUCGUGCUGGACGACUAUCCCACGCCUUGGACCCAGUCGAGUGUUCUCGUGGCCGGCGUGGUCGACAUGACAGAAAAGGCUGCGAAUACGGCACGUGUGGCUGUUCAGCCUGUGCAUCUUCUCCAUAGCACAGCACAACCACCGCCUUUGCUCGCUCAACUAGCCCGUGUGCUGGAAUGUCGCGGAGAAUCGACGAUAGCGGUACGACUUGACAGCUCAGUCCGUGAAUUGCCUGUCGACGCUCGUGUAGUGGCUUUCCUGGAUGAUGACCAUCUAUUGCUCGCUGCUGAUGAGCGUCAGCUAGAGCUCUUCCAGCACCUUACUCAUCACACCAGUAGCAUGCUAUGGCUCACCUCGACGGGCAUGGCAGUCGGUCGUAGUCCCAACGGCGCUAUCGCUGGUGGUCUACUACGCACCAUCUCAACUGAGGCACCUACAGGCCGCUUCUGCUCAGUCGAUAUAGACGCCGACCACUUUGUCCUGGACGAUCUGCAGCAGAGUGACGAACUCAUUCGCGUCCUGGCCGACUGCGAGCUAGCCUUGCAGCGACCCAUUAAUAGCGAGACGAGCGAAGACCGCGAAUUUGCCUGGCAUGGCGGCUGCCUGUGGGUGAGUCGCCUGUUGCCCGAGCCUGCGUUGUCUGCUUAUGCGGAGCCUCUCGUUACACCAGCUACUCAUGGCGCUGAGCUUCUACCACUGGAUAUGCAAGGCCCUGUCCGCGCUGCCUUUGAAACACCGGGUAUCCUCAGCUCCUUGUACUUCCGUCCCUACACAGAGCUGCGCAAACAACCCCUGCCAUGUGGCUACAUUGAGGUUAAGGUCACUGCCGUCGGUCUCAACUGGAAGGAUCUAGUCUUGGCUACUGGCCGCUUCGACGGCAACAACUUGUCAUCUGAGUACGCUGGUAUCGUCACUCAAGUCGGCACUGAUGCUGUGAGCUCUUUCGCGGUGGGAGACUCAGUCUACGGUCUAGGGAAAGGCCAUUUCGGCAACUACGCUCGCGUACCUUCAGCUUUCGCUUGCAAAGUAGGACCUACCGAUGAUCUUGUUCACAUGGCCACCAUGCCUGUUGUCUACAUGACGGCAGUCUACGCAUUCGAACACCUUACCCGUCUGCGUCAGGGCCAGAGUGUCUUGGUUCAGUCAGCCUCAGGCGGUGUUGGCCUGGCUGCCAUCCAAUUCGCUCGUGCCAAGGGCGCCCAAGUUUUUGCUAUGGCUGGUUCGCAAGAAAAGCUGCAAUUCCUUGUGGACACCAUUGGUCUGCCCCCUGCGAAUGUGUUUUCGGCACGUGAAAAGGCUGAAUUCAAUCGCGCUGCGGCUGCCACGCACAACGGGGGCUUUGAUGUUAUUCUCAGCACUGCUCAGGGUGAUAUGCUUCAUGAGACAGCCAAAGCACUCGCUCCACUCGGCCAUCUAAUCGACAUUGGCCGCACAGACGUCGAGGAUGCCCGUGCAAUCAGCCUUGAGCUGUUUCAGAAGAGCGCCAGCUUCUCAUCUUUCGAUCUUGCCCGUGUCGUAGAUCGCGACCCUAAACUAGGUGCCGAGCUUAUGACCGCGGUGGACGCUCACUACCGUGCUGGGCGCAUCAGUCCCAUCCAACCUCUGGCUAUCUCGGACAUCUCUCAACUCCACCAGACGUUGCUGGCUUUCUCCAAAGGCAAACAUGUUGGCAAGCUAGUUGUGACAUUCGCAUCAAACUCACUGGUGCGCAUGGUACAGGCACCACCAGCCGUCACCUUCGACCCAGCAGCCUGCUACAUCAUCACUGGUGGACUGAGCGGUCUGGGACGGUCUAUUAUCCAGUGGAUGGGUGAUCGCGGUGCACGAGAACUCGUUAUCUUGUCCCGCCGUGGUGGGAGCGCGCCCGAAGCGCAGACACUUGUGAACAGGCUCGCCGAAUCUGGAAUUCGUGUUCAUCCUGUUGCUUGCGAUCUUGGUAUUCGAGAGAGUGUCGCAAAAGCCGUUGAGUACGCGUCCACCAUUGGCAAACUCAAGGGCAUCGUCCACUGCGCCGUUUCCUACCAAGAUAUCUCUUUCGACAAGGUGACAGCCCCUGGCUGGCAGGAUGGCCUCGCCGCGAAAGUACUUGGCACGCAGAACCUACACGACACUACCAAACACUUGCCGUUGGAAUUCUUCGUCAUGACCACUUCCAUCCUCUCGGUACUGAGCUUCGCGACUCAGGCUGCGUACACGGCCGCCAACAACUUCCAGGACCAGUUCGCACGCUAUCGCCGCCGUCUGGGACUGCCUGCUACGGCUGCCCAGUUUGGCCUUGUCAAUGACGUUGGCCACCUAAGCACCGACACCACCACACUGGAUUUGAUGGCACGGAACAAAGUCCUGACUGAAUCUGAAAGCUACUUCCUCCGCCUUCUCGAGCCAGCAUUUCUUCCCCCUUCCAAUGUAACUGCCACUGACCCCCUCGCCGCCGCUACCUACGUAACGUACAUGGAUCCGGCACACAUGCUCGCAAAAGAGCGCGACGACGCUGAGAUGGGUAUCCGAAGCGUCGCAACACCUCGCUGGCAUGGCGACGCUCGCGUCUCCCAUGUCAUCCGUGCAUUCGAAGAUGCUUUGCACCAGGAAGAGAGCGGUGCCGACUCUCCACAAAAGGACACUGCACGCUCAUCCACAGCGCAGGUCCGCGACGCAUUCGGUGCUGCUGUGCAAAAGGCUCGCGACGCUACCCCUGGCUCAGAUCAACUCGCGUGCCACACGGAAGCCCUCGCACUCGUCACAUCAGCCAUAUCCAACGCGGUUGCGACUAUGCUCUUGCUUGAUCCAGCGACUGUGAAUUGCGCGCGUGCUGUGUCAGACCAUGGCGUUGAUAGUCUGAUUGCCGCAGAGUUGCGGAAUUGGUUCCACGUUGCGUUGGGGUACAAAGUUAGUAUGGUGGAUCUUCUGGAUUCGCGCAUGAGUAUUGCGGCGUUGGCGGAGAGGAUAGUGCGUAGUGUUUAG